AUGACUGCUGAAGCAUCCUUAGAGAAAGUCGAGAGCGCGCUUGUAAAGUUUGAUUAUAAUGAAGAGACCACAGUGAAGAAUCCUGACGUUACCACCUUCUCAUGGAUUCUGAAAAAUUUUGAUGCAAUAAUGAAAUACAAAAAACCUGCCACAUCAUCAAAACCUAAUUUACGAUUUGAUCCUAAUGUACAAUGUUCUAUAAGUUUGAAAUUUAGUGACCCCUAUCUAGAACCAAGCGUCACCUUUUAUACAAACAGCCAAACUAAAAGAAUGUUCGAAGUAGAGUUCUAUAUCCUAAAUUAUGAACUCAAAAGAAGCUGUCAAUGUCGGAGUGGAACAUUAUAUGUUGUCAAUGGUUCUGUGCACUCCGCACUCUAUUUUAUGUACAUGCCGAAAAGUACACAGUUUAUAAUUUCAGGUUCCUUAAUUAUAAGUUGCGAUAUUUGGUCACAAGUGCCACAAGAAUCUUUUACCACGUUCAGAAGUAACGCUUUAAGAAUUCCUAAAUCCGAACUGUGUUUAAGUGAUUUCACCAUUAUGAGUAAGGGUAAAAAAUUUCCAGCUCAUCGAGCCAUAUUAGCAGCGAGAUCACAAGUAUUUUCUGCCAUGCUCCAUACUGACAUGUUAGAAGAGACAACUGAUUCAGUUAAUAUAGGUUAUGCUGAACCUGAAAUUGUAUUAGAGCUCUUAAGAUUCAUUUACACCGAUAAUGUCAUGAAUAUUGAAAAAUUUACACUUAAACAUCUGGAGUUAGCGGAAAGAUUUGAUCUCAACAGAUUGAAAAUUAUUUGCGUUCACGAAUUGGUAGAGUCAAUAUCUGUUUCGUCCUCACUCGAGAUUUUGAUUAUCGCAGAUCGUCAUAAAAUUAGCGCUUUAGACGAACUCAUGCUAAAUUUUAUUAGAAAUCGGUUAGGUGAAAUUGUAGCUCUGGCUGAUUAUGAUACUUUUCGCAAAGAUUAUCCUGAUUUAAUGGAAAAAAUUCUUCGACAUAUGAUAUAA